CUAUUUGCGGCAAAUGACGUUGAUGAGUUUAGCGCGAUUCUUAAAAGGGAACGUACUCCAAAGAUAUUAAUCACUACUUGUCGUUUCAAUUCUACUAGAGGACCCGCAUUUAUCUCAGAAUUACUCUCAGUAAUCCCAAAUGCACACUAUUAUAAAAGAGGAACCUAUGACUUGAAAAAGAUUGUGGAUUAUGCAAAGAAUGACGACUUCACUUCUCUUAUAGUUGUCCAUACUAAUCGCAGGGAGCCAGAUGCUCUUCUAAUCAUUGGCUUGCCUGAUGGACCAACUGCACAUUUUAAGCUCUCCAAACUAGUUUUACGGAAGGACAUUAAGAACCAUGGUAAUCCAACAACUCAUAGGCCUGAGCUUGUGUUGACAAACUUCACAACACGUCUGGGUCAUCAUAUUGGGAGGCUGAUACAAUCACUUUUCCCUCAAGAUCCAAAUUUCCAUGGGAGGCGAGUUGUGACCUUCCACAAUCAACGUGACUUUAUUUUCUUCCGUCACCAUAGGUACAUUUUUGAAACCAAGGAAAGUAAGCCAAGUGAUUCGAAAGGUAAAAAAACUGUGGGAAACAAAGAUGACAAUAUCUCUCGAGAAAGAAUGGUUGCACGCCUUCAGGAAUGUGGUCCACGUUUCACAUUGAAGUUGAUAAGUCUGCAGCAUGGAACAUUUGAUACCAAAAAUGGGGAAUAUGAGUGGGUUCACAAGCCGGAGAUGGACACUAGCCGCAGGAGGUUUUUCUUAUGAUUUGUUUGGGCAUGUUCUUCCGAGUUCAUUCAUUGCGGAAGGGAAGCAUAUUUUUGUAGAGAGAUUUGGUUCCUACACCUGAAUGAGAACUGAUGAGCAAUAUAUUAGACAAUGUAUCUUCUCUCCACUAAACUAGCCAAUUUCCUCGAAGAUCAUUGCUACUUACUGUGGUCCUAUGUUGUAUUAGCUCAGAAUAUUCUGUUCUAUGUGGAAUUCCAAAACCAGUAGACAGUUGUUGAUUGAUUAAAUUUUCUAUGUUAUCAUUGUUCA